AUGUGGCAUCUUUUUCAUCUGAGCAUAUGGCUGUUAGCACUGUGCGAAGAAGCUCUUGCAGCAUCCCUAAUACCCGGCUUCUUUGGAGACAUAUUUCAGCACCUGGCUCCGCGGAGGCUUAGUCCUGACUUCGGCACCAGGACUGGGAACUUGUUCCAUGGCGGCAAGGAGGAGUCGAACCCGCUGGCUCAGGUUGGAGAGAGAAUAGAUGAUCCGAAUCUGCCAGCACUAAAGUUUGGAUGCCUCUUCUCAAAGGAUGCCCGCAACUGCUGGCGUGACCACUUCAGCAUCCUGACCGAUUUCGACGCCCAGUUCCCCAAUGAUGGGAAGACGGUCACCUAUGAUCUUGAGAUCACGAAUACCACAAUGGCUCCCGACGGAGUGAAGCGCCUUAUCAUGGCUGUCAACGGCCAAUACCCUGGGCCGACUCUCAUCGCAGAUUGGGGAGACAUUAUGGUCGUCAACGUCAAGAACAGCCUAGAGAACAACGGUACAGGCAUACACUUCCACGGCCUGAGACAGCUGAACUCGAACGGAGCGGACGGGACCAACGGCAUCACGGAGUGCCCUAUCGCUCCCGGUCAAACGAAGACUUACAUGUUCCGUUGCACGCAGCAUGGUACCUCGUGGUACCACUCGCACUACUCCGUCCAGUACGGCGACGGUGUUCUCGGAGGAAUUAUAAUUAACGGCCCUGCGGAUGCUGGAUACGACGAGGACCUUGGCGUGUUUUUACUGAACGAUUGGUAUUACACGCCUUCUUUUACACUUGCUGACGCAGCGGCGCAUUCCAUGACAGGCCCACCGAGAGCAGACAACGGGCUCAUCAACGGAACCAUGAAAAGCCCUGACGGUACACUGGGCGAGUACAAUAAAAUCCAAGUUGAGAAGGGCCGGAGCUACAGGCUUCGUGUUGCCAACGUUGGCAUCAGCGACCAUUACCACUUCUCGAUCGAUGGUCACAACCUGACCGUCAUUUCAAGCGACUUUGUACCAGUCGUACCUUUUACGACGUCUUCAAUCUCACUGGGUGUCGGUCAACGAUACGACGUUGUCAUCAACGCGGACCAAGACAUCGACUUGUACUGGAUUCGCUCGGAUCCGGAUGGCAGCUGCUCGAACAACAGAAACAGAGGAAACAUCAAGGCCAUCCUCGCCUACAUGGCGCCUGGCAACGCCGAGCCCACAAGCACUCGGCAUGGCGAUAUCCCCGAUGCGUGUGAAGACAUGGCCGUUACCCCAACCGUUGCCAACACUGUACCUUCCAAUCGAUUUGCCGACGCGGUACAAGGCCUGGAGAUGAGCGUUAAUAUUACUCAACAGAACGGCCCACUGAUCCAUUGGUAUAUCAACGGCUCUGCCAUGGCGAUCGACUGGAGUUACCCAACGAUGCAGUACGUGCUGGACGGCAAUACUUCCUGGCCCGAGGAGAUGAACCUGGUAGAACUGGAUGAGGCAGACGAGUGGUACUACUUCGUUCUGCAGACCGUCCAAGGAUCAUCGGUCAAUCUGCCUCACCCCAUCCACCUUCACGGACACGACUUCUACAUCCUUGGGUCAGGUCCAGGCGUUUGGAACGGCAACAUUGAUGGGCUGCAAUUCGACAACCCUCCUCGUCGAGAUACAGCAAUGCUGCCAGCUGGCGGUUAUCUCAUCUUGGCCUUCCCGGCCGACAAUCCGGGCGCGUGGUUAAUGCAUUGUCAUAUCCCCUUCCACGUGGGGCAGGGCUUUUCCCUUCAGUUUUUGGAGCGGGUCGAUGAAAUCGAGAGCACCGUGGACGUUGACGCAUACAAUUCCGAAUGCGCAGCGUGGAGGGACUAUUACGAUGGUAGUCAGAUCUAUUCCCAGACGGAUUCUGGGCUGUAG